AAUAUAUGAAAAAGUAUAAUUUUUUCAUGCUUGCGGAAACUGGAACAGUAGCUGGAUCAUCAGCAUCUGCUGCAGCUAGGGCACAGGAUCUAUCUUCUACAUCCAAUAAAAGAGGUCUGGCCAACUCUGCCACCCUAGCAGCUGCUGGCGCAUCUGCAAACUCAAAAGCAUCUUCUAACACCGACAGCCUUGCUCAUUCUGCCAGCUCAGCAAAAGCUGCUGCCGGAGCUCAAUCCUUAUCUGGAGCUCAAGGUCUAUCAGCUUCUCAAUCCAGUGCUGGCGCAGGAGCUGCCUCGAUCUCCCGCAACACCAACAGCCUUAACGUUGCUCAAUCGAAUGCUGGUGCUGGAGCUACCUCCAUUUCCCAAAACGUAGUUCAAUCUAGCUCAGGAGCAGGAGCCUCAGCGUUGAGCACAGGUGGGUAUAGACGCGUAUCAGGACAAGUUGGGCUUUCCGGACUACCAGGCUUGAACGGUCAACCUCGCUCCAAUGGACCUUCUGGACCCGCAGGUCCCCCAGGACCACCUGGACCUCCAGGACCCCCAGGCCCCGCAGGUAUUCCAGGCCUUAACGGACUUCCAGGACCUCAAGGUCUCCCUGAAUUAGAUGGCCUACCAGGACUCCCAGGACCAAUAGGACCAAAGGGCCCAGUGGGACCUCAAGGCAUCGCAGGACCUGAAGGACCAAGUGGACAAGAAGGACCUGCUGGACCAGCCGGACAACCAGGGCCAAAAGGAUCUCAGGGAUUGAGAGGACCCAGAGGACUACAAGGAGUUUUAACUGAAAAGCUGGAAUCGCAGAACGAGAAAUCAUUCAAGUCCCAGAAGCAAGGAUAG